AUGAGUCAUUCAUCAAAAGCUGAUAACGUCGCCAAUGCCAAGCAGGGUGCUUUUAGGCCCUCAGUCCCUCGUGAAGGGCCAAUUACCACUAAGGGUCAUCAACUUGGCCAGAAGGUCAGCGAGCUUGACCAGCGUCCCGAAUACCACGCUCAGGCAUUCCCUCCCGGUUCCGCCUCAGCAAGCAACUCUUAUACCGCCAACCCCGGUGAAGAGAAUAAUUUCAAUGUGAACGCGGAAGAAGAGGAAGAGUCCACUUACGUAUCCGCCGCAGAUACGUUUACUGGGGCAACCUCGGGUGAUGUGAACCGCGGCCUAGGCAGGCCAAUGCAAGGCCAGACAAACACCGAGGUCAGGCAUAACGGCGCACACGGCCGCAAGAAGCAACCAUCUGGUCUGGAAGGUAUUGGCAAUUCUAUGUAA